CCCCCUAAUGAAAGACUAGUGGGAGUAGAAAAGCCCAAACCAGGGUUCCCCUCAGAAUUUAACCUGUAAUAAGAGAAAGAUCCCUGUCUAUCACAGGGGUAUCCCAAUAGUCUGACCCUACUCUACUUCCGAGUUAGAAGGGCCUUGGUUGGAACGCGGUGCUCGGGCGCUCGAUAACCCCCGAACAUCUACGGGGGAGGAGUCCCUCGAGAGGCUUUUCGCGAUAUUGGACGCACUCUGGGAGGGCGGACGACAGUCAGAGGCGUCCGCGAAGCUGAUCGCAAAAUUGUAGAAUUCCGACGAAUAGGCCACAACAAGUGAGAUACCCAAGAUAAAAGGAACGAGGGGCAGAAUCGACGAGGAAUCAAUCACAUAAAAUCGUGAAUGAAAAAGCGUGACGAGAAUUCUUAACUCGAGAUGGUAGAGGGUGCAAAAUCAAUAGGUGCCGGAGCUGCUACAAUUGCUUCAGCGGGAGCUGCUAUCGGUAUUGGAAACGUGUUCAGUUCUUUGAUCCAUUUCGUGGCCAGAUGGUGCAAUACGAAUGACUACUUGUGA